UGACCUCGUGACGAUAACACAAGGCGGCGACAAAAGCUAGCCUUGCAAGGUGCUUGUGUUGAAAAUAAAACCAAUCAGCCUGUGAACUGUGCGUGUCGGCCUUGCUGGUUAUCUUACGUGGUUUUCAUGUGUGUUUUCACGGAUUGCCGAUAGUGUUUCAGCAGAGUUAAUUCCAAAGACACGGGUACGCUACUAGCGGCACUGUGAGCCAUGGUGCGUAUGGUGCGCGUGAGAGGCGGUCGAGCGUUGUCCGCAGCCAACACCUAGGCAAUGCGAGCCCCCACGUGCGUUCUGCGGAGCCGCCGCCGCGCCACCAUGCCCGCGCCCCUCGCGCUCUACGUCAUCUCUGCCACCUUCUUUUGGCUAUGCGUGAGUGCAGAUGAGCAACCGCCGGUUGGCGGGGGCCGUCACCCCAAUGGCACCGUGGGCCCCGCCGACCCGCGCUCGGUGAUGGGUCGCGUGCCGCCCUACCAGCCACCGGGGCCCAUCUCCAUGCAGGGCCCGCCUGUGUUCCGGCCGCACAGCCCCUACACGCGGGUCGAGCCUUGGAAUCCACACCAGAUAUUCGAAAAGCACCCAUACGACGUAGUUGCUGAGGACAUGGACGGCAACGAAGACGACGGUGGUUGCAAUCAACCGUGUCUCAAACAACACUUUUCGUGCCAAAUAUCCUGCACAUGCAUUGCGAUGGAGAAACGUUGCGACGGCGUCGCCGACUGCGCGGAGGCCGAAGACGAGGCGGGAUGUGCUCGUUCCUGCGACGAACACGAAAACCGCACCAUCUGCCACAGCACCAAUGUGUGCAUCGCGCUUAGCUGGCUGUGCGACGGCGACAAUGACUGCGGCGACUUCUCCGACGAGACACACUGUGGUGGAACUAUGAACUGCACCUCAGAGCAGUUCCAAUGCAGUAACGGACUAUGCAUCCAUAGGGACUGGGUUUGUGACGGCGACAACGACUGCCGCGACAACUCCGACGAGACUAACUGCACCAAGGGAAAAUGCCAAGAGAAGCAGUUCAUGUGUGCAGCCGGCGAAUGUAUUUCGGAACAUUGGCGUUGUGACAAGGAAGCAGAUUGUCCUGACAGCACCGACGAGCAAGAUUGUCUUUUGGAUUUACUGCGUUGUGGUGAGAGCGAGUUCCAAUGCGACAACAAAAAGUGUAUACGGAGGGAGUUCCAGUGCGACGGCGACAACGACUGCGGCGACUGGACCGACGAAGAUUCGUGCCCCAUGAUGCCGGGUAGCUGCAACGCUGGAGAAUUUAAAUGUAGCGACGGAAAGUGCAUUCCAGAACGCUGGCGAUGUGAUUCUGAAAGGGAUUGUGCUGAUGGAGGAGACGAACUCAACUGUUCGCCACAUGUCAUGCACAACUGUUCCAACGACGAGUAUACUUGCGCUGACCGACGAUGUAUUCUGAAAACUUGGAUCUGCGAUGGAGUUCGUGACUGCACCAAUGGAGAAGACGAAAUGAACUGCCAAGUGUUUUGCGAAGAAGACCAGUACAUGUGUAAGACACAAGAACAUCUCUUGAGUAACGCUUUUAGGAACUGUGUGAAUAGGAAACACGUUUGUGACGGCAUGAAAGAUUGUCCGAGAGGUGAUGACGAAGAGAAUUGUCCCACGAAGAGAAAAUGUAAUGCCGAUGACAAGUGUGAAAAGGAAUGUAUCACUACGUAUGAUGGAUUGCCAGCAUGCGUUUGUCCAAUAGGAUUUUUGCUAGCUGAUGACGGAUAUAGUUGUCGUGAUAUCGAUGAGUGCAUGUACGAACAAGACCCAGUGUGCUCCCAAACCUGUUCCAACACAGUAGGAAGUUUCCAAUGUGGCUGCAUGACUGGUUAUGUUAUUCGACCAGAUGGCAGAUCCUGCAAGCCUAUAGGGCAAUCGCCAUCCCUUUUAUUCUCCAAUCGCAUUGGAAUACGCCAAGUGUGGUUAACGGGCGAUAAUUACAUAUCCGUGGUAAAAGGUUUACAUAAUGCAGUCGCACUGGAUUACCACUACGAAAAGAAGUUAAUAUUCUGGUCUGAAAACAAUUUGAGGGUCAUACGGGUUGCAACUAUGGAAAGUAACAAUAUGACAGAUGUUAUCAAGUGGGGUUUGGAAACGCCAGGAGGUGUGGCAGUAGAUUGGAUACACGAUUUGCUUUUUUGGACUGACUCGGGUACGAGACGGGUAGAAGUGGCAACCCUUGAUGGAUCUCAAAGAGCAGUAUUAGCUGCAAACGAUUUGGAUAAACCACGCGCUAUUGCUGUCCAUCCCGGAGAUGCAUUAGUGUUUUGGACUGAUUGGGGACCCAAUCCCAAAAUCGAGAGGGCUGAUAUGGAUGGCAGUCGACGCAAGAGCGUUAUAGUUGAUCAGAUAUUCUGGCCAAAUGGACUCACUAUUGACUACAUGGAGUCCAAGAUCUAUUGGGCUGAUGCAAAGCAUCAUGUCAUUGAAAAAGCCACUUUUGACGGCCGCGAGAGAAAACGCAUAACUAAUAAGGGUCUACCUCAUCCAUUUGCAAUAACAUUAUUCGAAGAUGCUAUUUACUGGACUGACUGGCACACAAAGAGCAUAUCAACUGUCAAUAAGAAAACGGGAAUGGGAAUACAGACUGUUCAUGCGGGUUUGAACGUUCCUAUGGACAUACACAGUUAUCACCCCCUAAGGCAACUGAAAACUUACAAAAAUCGCUGUGGUUCAAACAAUGGAGGUUGUUCACAUCUUUGUCUCCCUAACAGUAAUGAUCGCACAUGCCGCUGCCCCGUUGGUUUUAACUUAAAUUCUGAUGGCCGAACAUGCGAAGAAACACCAGAAAAGUUAUUGCUCUACGCAAGACGUAAAGAUAUAAGGCUGAAACAAUUGAAUCCAAGAAAACAAACUGAUUCUUUAGAUAUGGUGAUCCCCGUGGACAAUAUAAAGUCAGCUGUAGCUUUAGAUUGGGAUCAUAACAGUAAUUCUAUAUUUUGGACUGAUGUGGAAAAGGAUACAAUCAACCGAGCUUUUCUAAAUGGUUCACAUCAAACUGUCAUUGUUGGCUCGAAUCUGAUUUCACCGGCUGGUCUAGCGUACGAUUGGAUUACUAAUAAAAUAUACUGGACUGAUGCUGGAACAAACAGAAUUGAAGUGGCAAAUGCCGAUGGCAGUAUGCGAACUUUAUUGGCUUGGGAAAACAUCGAUAAGCCGAGAGACAUCGUCGUAGAUCCAACAGAUGGAGUCAUGUAUUGGUCUGAUUGGGGUGCUACCCCUUGCAUCGAAAGAUCUGAUAUGGACGGAGGUAAUCGACAUAAGUUAAUACAAGGCGAUAUGACGUGGCCCAACGGCUUGGCCUUAGAUUUUGGUAAUAGCCGCAUUUAUUGGACUGAUGGUGGUAACCGCACAAUUGAGUACGCUAAUUUUGACGGAAGUAAAAGAGGAGUUUUAAUUGGUCUCAUGCAGCAUCUUCCUCAUCCAUUCGGUUUGGACUUGUAUGGUGAUGAGAUAUUCUGGACUGAUUGGGAUACACAAUCCAUUCAAGCUGCAAAUAAAUACACUGGCAAGAAUAGAAGAACUCUAGGAGCUGGUGUAGCUGGCUUGAUGGAUGUGCGAGUGUUCCAUAAGGAAAGAAUAACAGUCGCUAACAGAUGCAGUAAAAAUAACGGCGAGUGUUCACACCUCUGUCUUCUGAGGCCAUUUGGUCGCUCUUGUGGCUGCCCCAUCGGUAUAAAACUGAGUAAGGAUGGGAAAAACUGUGUCAAUGGUCCUAUCAAUUACUUGAUAUUCGCUCAUCGUGUUGAUAUAAGAAUAAUAUCUCUAGAUGUGCCAUACCUAGUUGACGUAGUCCUGCCCCUUCCUCAACUGAAGAACGCUCUUGGUGUCGAUGUUGACCAACGAACCGGUCUCGUAUACUGGACAGAUACAGGAGAGAAAAAAAUCCAACGUGCUCGUAAAGAUGGUAAAAACAACGAAACCAUUGUAGGUAGUGGUCUGCAUACAGUAGAUGGAAUCGUAAUUGACUCUGCAGGGCGCAAGAUUUAUUGGACUGAUGGUGGGCGUAACAGUAUCGAGGUAGCUGAAUUAGAUGGUAGAAACAGAAAAGUCCUUGUCUGGACCGGCUUGGACUCACCUCGAGCCAUUGCUUUACAUUACCAAGAAGGGUACAUGUUCUGGUCAGACUGGGGACAAUCUGCCAAAAUAGAGAGAGCUGAUAUGGAUGGCAAUAAUAGGCGUAUAAUUGUCGACAACAACAUCAAAUGGCCAAAUGGUCUCGCUAUUGACAACAUCGAAGGUCGCCUUUAUUGGAAUGAUGCUAAAAUUCUCACAAUCGAAAGCUCCGACUUUGACGGGAACGACCGUAAGACUGUACUGAGCAACGUCCCUUAUCCUUACGGAAUUGUUAUAGUGGGCCAACACAUUUAUUGGACCGAUUGGAAAACUAGUGCACUUCAUAGAGCCGAUAAGAGUGACCCUAAAACUAGCACCAUUAUUAGAGAAAAGCUGGAAGGCCUAAUGGAUAUUAGAGCAGUUCAGAGUGAACAUAUACCGCAAAACGUUUGCGGCACAAACAACGGUGGUUGCUCUCAUCUUUGCCUUCGUGCACCACACGGUUACACUUGCGCAUGUCCAACGGGAUUAUACUUCGAAAACAAAACGGAUGCAAACCCCAAAAUAUGUCGUACAUAUCCCGAAAACUUCUUGGUGUUCGCCACAAGAGGAAGUAUAGCGACGAUAUCUCUCGACACUCCGGAACAAUGGGAUGUCAGUCUGCCGCUGAAGGAAGUUCAGAACUCUCUUGCGGUAGACUUCCACUGGGAGAGAAAAGAGAUUUUUUAUACAGACGUUAACAGGGACUGCAUCAGUGUAAUAAACAUGUUAAAUAUGUCAGAAAGUAAAGUGCUUAUAAAAGGUAAACUCGACACACCCAACGGACUAGGUGUAGAUUGGAUUGCAAAUAACAUUUAUUGGACUGACAAUGAAUAUAAGGUUGUAGAAGUAGCUAGGUUAGAUGGUACGUCAAGAAAAACUAUAGUUACGGGCCUAAAUGAACCAAGAGCACUUGCUUUAUUCCCAGCUAAAGGGUAUCUUUACUGGUGCGACUGGGGAGAACAUCCACGCAUCGAGAGAUCAUACUUAGAUGGGAGCCUAAGGAACGUGAUCCUACACCAAGAUCUAGGCUUUCCCAAUGGAAUCACCAUAGAUUAUAAGGAAAGGAGGUUGUAUUGGACUGAUGCACUAAAAGAUAGAAUCGACACUGCCGACUUGAAUGGUCACCAUCGCGUACAAUUAGUUCCAGAUGCUAAAAAUCCUUUUGGCAUGACUCAAUUCAACGAUUACAUCUAUUGGACUGAUUGGUACAAGAAGUCCGUUAUGCGAGCUGAUAAGAGGACGGGGAAAAAUGUUACCGCGUUGAGAACCGACUUCGAAAUGACUAUGGAAAUAAAGGCAGUAUCGGCCGAGAAGCAACGCGGAUGGAAUCCUUGCAAGGAAGACAAUGGUGGCUGUUCACAUCUUUGCUUCUUCAGGGCGCAUGACUACGUUUGCGCUUGUCCCGACCAACCAGACGACCGUCCUUGCUUUACAGAGCCCAAAGCCCGCAUAGAUAACAAAAUGCCACCCCACUACCCAUCGUCUGAUGACUACGCGGAUCUAGAGGCGGGAGAUAAAUUAAUUCCUCAGCCUACAGCUGUGCCUCAGACGAGCGUUGGGGCCAUAUUGAUCGUGGUCGCCAUUAUGACGUUCAUUAUACUGGGGGUUGUGGUUAUUGCUUUCGUGUGUGUGAAAAUCAACAAAGAAAGAGGUGGCGAAUUGAAGGAAGAUUAUCGUGAAUCAAGCAGUGGACACAUCUCGUUUCACAAUCCGAACUACAACUGUGCGACCGGCGGCAAUGGCGGGGAACCCAUCGAGAGACGGCCCAAUCGAUUUCACGGGAUAUUCAAAUACGACAAGAGUCAGGAGCGCGUAACCAACGUAUACAUUCCGGAAGGAACGAGUUUAUUGCCUCCUCCACCGCCGCCUCCGCACCGGCAGCCCCCGACACGACCCGCGACUCACGACGACUUCGAGCCCGUCACCUUACACCCCUUCGCCUGAACUCACCCGCACAACACACCACACAAACGAACGCGCAAUGGAUUCAACGACGUACGCUUGACCGUAGCUAUAGAGUAGCCGAAACAGUGUCCGCGUAGAUUAGAUGUGUUCGACGCGUCAAAAACUCAAAACAAACAUUGGGAAUGGUAAUCGACAUAUUGCCGGUACGAUCCCGAGUCUUUAUAAAGGAACGACGCAAAUGGACACACUAAAUGUACACCUACCUACAGUUUAAGUACAAAUAACAUUAUUAAUCUGUGGUCGAUAAGGAAAAUUAAUGUACACUUUUACGUUCUCAACGCACAGCCAAAUGUCAUAGACGAAGAUAGAUGAUUGUCAACAUAAUUAUAAUAUUCUCAUGAAAUGUGAACCGUUUUUAGUGGAAUUGUGCCUGAACACUUAAACUAGGUUGUGUUCAAUAGCGUCAAAUUUUCGUUUUUGAAACGAUUGUUUGUAUGCUAUGCAGACAAAAAAAAAUCAAUUUUUCGUGUCUCUUUCUUUUAUUAAAAGCGCUCUUGAACGCAGCCUUACCGAUACUGUUGAUAAAUAACAUUAUGGCCUGAUGAUGAAAAAUAUUGUAUGUUCAAAACUUACCGCAUCCGUUACAAUCGAUAAUUGUCAAUUUCAGAUAUGAGAAAAAUAUCCUGGAGGAUACGUAGUGUAAGAUCACAUUUUAGAAAGUUAAAACAGAGUUUCGACUUCAUAUAUUUUAACUUUUACGAUAUUGUUACAAUUUAUAAUUACCUAAGAGAUAUUAUAAAUCACGUGAUAUUGAUUUAAUUUAACUCACUUUCCCAA